AUUAGAUGGCCUCCACUCUUUCUUUUUUUUUUUUUUCUUCCCUGAUUGCUUUAUUUUUUCCCGUCUGUAUGCUCCCAUUUACUUCCGAAACGACACCGAACCGACUGGAAUGCGGGCAUUUUGGUAAGAAGCAGAAGUAGGAAAUGCAGAGAUCGAGUAAAACGGGAGGAUUAUCUGCUUGACUUCUUUGGUCGCUGCUUCAGACGCGGAACUCCUAUCGUUAAAGGUAAAUCAUGACUGAAUAUAAGCUGGUUGUGGUGGGAGCUGGAGGCGUUGGCAAGAGCGCGCUUACCAUCCAGCUCAUUCAGAAUCAUUUUGUGGAUGAAUAUGACCCGACUAUUGAGGAUUCCUACAGAAAGCAGGUGGUUAUUGAUGGAGAGACGUGUCUGCUGGACAUCCUGGACACUGCAGGUCAAGAGGAGUACAGCGCCAUGAGGGAUCAGUACAUGAGGACAGGGGAGGGAUUCCUCUGUGUCUUUGCCAUCAACAACACCAAGUCCUAUGAAGACAUUCACCACUAUAGAGAACAAAUCAAACGGGUGAAGGACUCUGAGGAUGUCCCAAUGGUGUUGGUGGGAAACAAGUGUGACCUCCCAUCCCGAACGGUGGAUACAAAGUCGGCUCAGGAUUUAGCACGCAGCUUCGGCAUCCCCUUUAUUGAGACCUCAGCCAAAACGAGACAGAGAGUUGAAGAUGCCUUUUACACUCUGGUACGGGAGAUCAGGCUGUACCGGCUCAAUAAGAUCAGCAAGGAAGAAAAGACUCCAAAGUGUGUCAAGCUUAAAAAGUGUGUUGUGAUGUAAAAAGGGGGGGUCGAUGAUGCUUUUUACACAUUAGUCCGAGAAAUCCGAAAGCAUAAGGAGAAGAUGAGCAAGGAGGGCAAAAAGAAGAAAAAGAAGUCCAAGACAAAGUGUAUACUCAUGUGAAUAAUCACCCCCCCCCUUUUUUUUUUUCAAGACAGACUAAAAAAAACAAAACUAUGUUGAACAGUUCAAAGUAAUAACAUUUUGUACAGUACACUAAAUUAUUAGCCUUUGUAUUUGUUAGAGCCUUCCUUAAUAAAUACUAAAUCCAAGCUGAUUCUUUUAUUCGGACAUGGAUAAGCUUCAUUUUCAGUGUAGUGCCAGAUGCUGACCUGCAAGAACCAGAUUAGCCAGAAUUUUUUCUUUCUUUCUAAUUCUAGAAAAACAUGUUUGACAUGUCUGCCCAACCAGGAGGAGACUGUAUUACCAAUAGCAUUUAACAAAACAUCUAUUCUGAUUCACUUGUUCUUGCUGAAAUGCAACCACCUGGGUUUUAUGGGAUGCCAAAGAAUGAAAACUCCUCCCGUUUGUGUGGAAAAAGCAGAUGAAGGCUCAGCUCUCAGCCUAGUGAGGUCUAAAUGUCCCAGCCACUGUGGAAUUUCCCCAUCAGUUCAUUUUCACUGAUAGUAUGCACUCGGACUCCUAAGUACAAAAAUAGAAAAAUAUAAAUUUUUUCUUUUUCUCCAUGUGUUUAAUACCCUAGUUAGCCAUUAAUUAAUUUGAAAUUUGUCAUUGCUUUGUAUUUUGUGGGGAGUGAUUUCAUGCCUAAAUUAGAAAUUGUUUUAUAUAUAUUUUUUUCUCCCCCCCUCUUGCAUGCAUUGUGUCUAUAGUGAUACGGGGAUUACAAACUGCCUCUGGUUGAUGCUUUUAGGAGUCAGCAAUGAGGAACUCAGACUCUAAUUUUCAGGUUUUUAAUGAAAAGUGUUCAAUAAUUGCUUUUGUCAAAAUAAAGUCAUUUCUGUAAUAAAAAGUUAAAGAGAUCAUUAUGAUUUUUGACCAAUAAUGUCUGUCUUACGUCAAAGAAAUUUAAGUUUUGUUUAAAAAGAUCCUUACAAUAGAAAUAAAAUUUUUUUUUUUAAUUCUAGUUGUAAACUGUUUAUGCGCCAAGCAAAAGUUUUUGCCGUUUGAAGUCCAUUUCCUAGCAUAGUAGAAACUUAUUUUGAAAGCUGUAAAAGGAAUUUGGCUCCAUUCGUAUUCCCAGAGUUAAAAACAGUUUUUAGGAGAGGCGUUUAAAAUUGGACGCCUCUGCAUAAUUGGAAUGAAUGUUUUUUAAAUGAGGCACAAAUUUCCGUGAAAUAGGUUUUUAAAUGGCAAUGUCCGACUUAAUCUAAACAAUGAAUCCUAGUUUCUCUCAGGUCAGCCCAUGUCGCAUUCUUCAUAUAUACGGACAGCAUUUUUAUUUGCCUUUUUUUUUGUGACUUUAGGUGCUAGGUUUAGACAUUUGUUUUGUCAUCCAUUGUACCUAAGAAAUGCACAAAUUACAGUUUAAGGAUGAAAUGCUAUUGUCACAGAAAUUUGGGAUUUUACUUUUGGGAUUAAUGAAUUUUGACCCAACCAUAUUAUUUCUUCUUUUUCCAUGAAGUAGGUUAAUACCUGUUGAUGCAAUUUUAGUAAUGAGAUCCUCUUGAUAAGGAUAUAUUUUAGUUUUACUGUAAUGUUUUAAGAUGUUCUUCUUUUAUUGGGUGCCAACGGCUGAUUUCUCAAAUGUAUCAUUUAUACCUGGAUCGUAUUUUAACAAACUUUGUAUAGUUGUGAUACCGAAAGGUUUCAUGUUUUGUAAAUUGUGCUUCGUUUGGUGUGUCUUUAAUGAAUGUUGCUUUAAUGGAGUUCUGCUCCGCUCUGUGUUUGACUGGAGAGUGUGUCUGGGUGCAGGUCUGCAGAGGGGAAUGAAUGACCACUUUACAGUGUAGCUGUUUGUGGGGUAGAGUGGUGAUCUGAUCUCAAAAAUGUCUUCUUUUUUUUGCCAUGAAUCUUACCACCCCUAUUUAAUGUGUAAUAAAGAACAAAGUAAACAAAA